ACUGUGACAGCAAAGCGUCACACUGGAAACCACAAGGUGGGACUUACCAAGUGGCCUGUGAUCUUUCUCUCUCUUUUUUACCACACUUCCUCUCUUUUUGUCUUCUCAUUUUUCCAAGGAAGAGGCAUUUUCACUGACAGCUUCUUGGACAGUUCUGGGACACCCUUUUUCUGAGGAGGCAAGCCCUUGGCUGUAAUAUUUCAUUGCAGUCAUGGCCCCUAAGAAGAAGAAUGUGAAGAAGAACAAAGCAGAUAUCAAUGAAAUGACUAUCAUUGUAGAAGAUGGCCCCCUCAGUAAACUAAAUGUCUUGAAUGGACUCUUAGAUGGAGGAAAUGGUUUCAGCUGCAUCUCAUCUGAAGUUUCCGACCCAUCAUAUAGCCCAAAUCUCUUGGAAGGUCUAAGCAGAAUGAGACAAGAAAAUUUUCUUUGUGAUUUGACUAUCAGUACCAAAACCAAAUCCUUCAGUGUUCAUAAGGUGGUGAUGGCUUCAAGCAGUGACUACUUUCAUAACAUCUUAAAGAAAGAUCCCUCCACUCAACGAGUAGACCUCAAUGACGUAUCCCCGUUGGGUCUAGCUACUGUUAUCACCUAUGCUUACACUGGAAAACUUACUCUCUCACUUUAUACAAUAGGUAGUAUUAUUUCCACAGCAAUUUAUCUGCAGAUUCACACCCUUGUAAAGAUGUGCUGUGAUUUUCUGAUCCAAGAAAUCAAUGUUGAGAAUUGUAUGUACGUGGCCAAUAUUGCAGAAACAUAUGGACUAAAAACAACUAAGGAAGCAGCACACAAAUUUAUUAGAGACAACUUCAUUGAAUUUUCAGAAACGGAUCAGUUCUUAAAACUUACUUUUGAUCAGAUUAACGAACUUCUUGCAGAUGACGACUUGCAGUUGCCUUCUGAAAUUGUUGCAUUCCAGAUUGCAAUAAAAUGGCUGGAAUUUGACCAAAAAAGAGUAAAGUUUGCUGCCGAUCUCUUAGGUAACAUCCGCUUUGGUACCAUCUCAGCUCAAGACCUUGUCAAUUAUGUUCAAACUGUGCCAAGAAUGAUGCAAGAUGCUGACUGCCAUAAGCUCCUAGUGGAUGCCAUGAACUAUCAUUUGCUUCCCUACCACCAGAAUACACUGCAGUCCAGAAGAACGAGGAUCCGUGGAGGUUUCAGAGUCUUAGUUACUGUAGGGGGACGUCCUGCGCUAACAGAAAAGUCUCUUAGCAGAGACAUCUUGUACAGAGAUCCGGAAAAUGGAUGGAAAAAGCUGAGUGAAAUGCCUGCUAAAAGUUUUAAUCAGUGUGUGACGGUGAUGGAUGGAUUUCUCUAUGUGGCUGGUGGGGAAGACCAGAACGAUGCCAGGAACCAAGCUAAGCAUGCAGUCAGCAAUUUCUGCAGAUACGAUCCUCGUUUCAACACCUGGAUUCACCUGGCAAACAUGAAUCAGCGGCGCACCCACUUUAGCCUGAAUGUGUUCAAUGGCCUCCUUUUUGCAGUGGGAGGUCGCAACUCUGAGGGGUGCCUCUCCUCGGUCGAAUGCUAUGUGCCCGCAACUAACCAGUGGCAGAUGAAGGCACCUCUGGAGGUGCCCAGGUGCUGCCACGCCAGCGCGGUGGUGGAUGGUCGCAUCCUGGUGACAGGAGGUUACAUUAAUAACGCUUACUCUCGCUCGGUGUGCAUGUACGACCCCAGCAAAGAUAGCUGGCAGGAUAAGUCCAGCCUCAGCACCCCAAGGGGGUGGCACUGCGCGGUGUCCCUUCUGGAGAGGGUCUACGUCAUGGGUGGGUCUCAGCUGGGGGGGCGAGCUGAAAGGGUGGACGUUCUCCCCGUGGAGUGUUACAGUCCUUACACAGGGCAGUGGAGUUACGCGGCGCCUCUUCAAACCGGAGUUAGCACGGCUGGCGCCUCCACCCUUAACGGGAAAAUUUAUUUAGUGGGUGGCUGGAAUGAAAUAGAGAAAAAAUAUAAGAAGUGCAUUCAGUGCUAUAACCCGGAUCUCAACGAAUGGACAGAGGAAGAUGAGCUGCCCGAGGCCACGGUGGGGGUAUCCUGUUGUACGAUAUCCAUGCCCAACACCAAGACAAGGGAGUCCAGGGCCAGCUCAGUCUCUUCUGUCCCAGUCAGUAUUUGAAUACGGGUCUAACCAGCAACAAAGAAAAAAUGUUUACCAGCACAGCAGUAUAAUUAACCCUUUAAGUAGCAUUUUUGUGUUUAUAUGGGAAAAAAAAAAUCAUUGGCUUUGCAAGAGUUUUAACAGUGCAAAUUGGCCAGUUUUCAUGAUCUUUAAUACAGGUGGCGUGAAACAGCAUGUUAGGGAUAAUAUGAAUGUUCUUAGCAGGAAGAGAGAGUUAACCCAUAACUGCAGAAUUUCUUUCUUUUCCUGAUUUUGCCACUGACUCACCAUACUAUCUGUGGCAAAUCAUUUAAUUUCUUUGUGCCUCGGUUUCCUUACCUGUAAAAUAGAGAUAAACUUGCUUCAGAAGAUUGUUGUGAGGCUUUUUUAAUAUUGAGUUUUAAAUGCUUUCAGAACCCAAAUUGAAAGUCAAAUAUUGCUAGUAAUAAAUCUCAACAUACAUCAGAAAUGUGCCAUGUUGUUAUAAAAGUGCUCAGUUUUGUUCUUUUCUAAGCUUUUUCUAUUUUGACAAACAGAAGGAAAAAAGAAAAACAAAAAAAAAUAUAGCAUGUAGCACGUGCAUACUUUCCUUUUGGGGCAGUGGCACUCACAGAAAAUUUCUCAAAAUAUUUUCCCCUUCUGAAGUUAGAAAGAGAUCACUGUCUUCUGCCAUGAAACCCUUUAAUUCUCAUAUCUAAUGCUGUGAUACAGCCUUCAAGACCUGAAUCCACAAAAUGCCUUAGCUCCUGUAAGCAUUGUGGACCAGCCGCAAGGGCUGCCUUGGGUGCCAGAUUGCUGUCCUGACCUCCAUGUGUACACCAAGGAGCAGACCGCUGCCCCAUCCUCCUCCUCACGCCAGGGAGGCUCUCCUGUCUCUCCAGGUGGAAGGCAUGAAGACCAGUCAGUGUGUCUCCUCCUGUUCCUACACUUCCCAUCUGUGUAGGAAUGUACCUCUGGGUCAUCUUCUCAUCUGAGAAGGUCCUCACCAAUGCAAGGAGUUAGGAGCUGCUGCAGCAGGGCCAAAACCUGGAAACUGAGCUCAUGCCAGGAGGCACCAAGGGCUAGGAGCAGAGAAGAUACACAGAGUGUCCCUCCUACUCAGUAUUAUUCUGACAAAUUCCCAGUGGAGUGAGGAGCAAAGAUGGAAUAAAAACUGCAGGAUAUGCCUUUAAGAGCAGGGUACAUGUGUGGGAAAUGGUGAAUAAUGGGAAAACAGGAUGAAAUCAAAGAGACUUUGCUUAAUAAUAACAAAGAGAUACUUUAACGCCUUUCUUACCAGGUGUAGGCACAACAUCAUAAAAUCAUGGAAUCGCCUAGGUUGGAAGGGACCUUUCAGAUCAUCGAGUCCAACCAUCAACCUAACUCUGACAAAACCCAUCACUAACCCAUAUCUCUAAGCGCUAUGUCUACCCAUCUUUUAAAUACCUCCAGGGAUGGUGCCUCAACCACUUCCCUGGGCAGCCUCUUCCAAUGCUUGAUAACACUUUCAGUGUAAAAAUUUUUCCUAAUAAAACCUCCCCUGGCGCAACAUCACACAAACUGACCUUUUCCCGGGCAUACUACUAUAUGACUCCUUUUGAAGGCUUCAUUACAGCCUUGUUUAUUUUUUGAGGAGCUUUUAUUCAUAUUUUUUCCAAAGGCUAGACUAAUGCUGUGCCUCUUGAAGUCUGUGAAGUUUUCCCAGUGAGUAGAGUGAAGUAUUUGCUCAAUUCAGAUUACCUUCAAAAACCUUUUCUUCCUACUUUCAGCAUGCAGUGGGGGAAUUAAGCAUGAAACUGAAUCCUAUUCCCUUAGCCAAAGGGAUAUGCAGCCUAUAAUGUCCCUGAGAAUUUGAUACCAAAGGCCUCCUGUCAGUGCUAAAUGUCUACAUCCUUCUGUUGGGCAAGGAAAGAAGCAAUGCAAGGAACUAAAAUGAUUUAAUAUAACCAGAAGGGUAGAAGUUCACUCCCCUUAACCGAUUCAUAGAGGCUUCCCAUGCAGUUUCCUCAGGUUAUCCUUGACACCUCCAGGCUGCGGUGCCAAUGAGAAGGCAUGCUCUUCGCUGCGUUUACAAGGCAGCCAGAUUUUUAUCUCAUUUGCAAAAGGAGAACGCCAUAAAAUCGUCUGUAAGUGCAGAUAUUGUUGAGGCAAGCAUUUUCAGGACUCGUACUCUGCUCGUUGUAGCUUUGUUGCAGCUGCAUAUUGAGGAUCAUCGUGAGCGUGACACAGUAUUAGAGAUGAAGUAAUUCACUCCGUUGGUCGGGAUUAAACUCCAUCGUCCUUGGUCCUGUUUUCCAGUUCUAACUUAAGAGUUCAUGUCUGCAACCUCAUCAUACAGUUUUAAAUCCCAAAUUCUAUUUUUGAGUGCUGCGUGUUAUUAGAAUAUACAGCAUUACAGUGACUUUUGGUCAGAGCAGCGCUGUCAUAUAGUUUUAAUUAAUUUAAUUUGCAUACAGUUAUUCUUUAUCCUGUUUAGUUCUCAUGAAUAAUAAUUCAAACCCACAGUCACAGAACAAAACAUGGAGUUGUGUGGCAAAGUAAGAUUACUUUGGUUUAAAUACAAAAGUGCUGUUCUUGCCCAUUCCAGUCACCAAAAGCUUUUUGUGGAUGUCAGCAAAAUUUCGCUUUUCCCAAAGUCGUGACCAUGUGUUCCAUAUAAAAGUAUUUAGGAAGCUCUUUGAAAAAUCCAUCUGCUCCAAUACUUUUUUGUAAAAUUUCCGUAUUAUUAGGUGAAGUGGCUUAUCCAUCCAGUCCGAUGAAGACACACAGACACAAAUCCAAUUGUAACUAUAUACGGACUCCAGUUAUUCAGUGUUUCUAAGGUACCCAUUUAGGUGGUAUUUAGGAAUUGAAGAAACGAUCAUUUUGGCCUCAGAUAGACAUUGGAUGAAAUUGUCAUACGCGAGUGUCUCUUUUUCCCUUUAGGAAUUCAGUUCCAGAAUGCUCCGAGUAGUCAGACGUUGCUGCACGCUUUCCUCUUUGUGAGCCAGCACUUCCUGUACACCAACAGCCGUCUUCUGUGCUCGAGUAGAAAGUUAGUUGUGAAUGAUGGGCUAAGUGCAAUGAAACUACUCUCUUACUACUUAAAGGGUUAAAAACUUUGGGGGCCAAAUCCUUUUCAUCUUACUCACAAAAUGGUUCCAUUGGCUUCACUGGGACUACUGAAUAAGAUGUACAGGAUUUCGAACUCUUGGCCAAAUUCUGGCAGCACAGUAGGUACAGAUGCCUGCCAAAACUGUCCGACCCAGAAGGGACACUACUCCUCAGCCUCCACUGCCCUUGGCCAUGACAAAUCCAUAAAGACGUGUCCUAGGACAGGAGCCAAGCACCUCUGGCCAUGUGGUCCUUCCGUAGCACAAAUUAGAUACGUACUUCAGGCCAAAAAUCUUAGGUAGAUUAACACAUGGUAUUGUUAUCAGUAUAGCACUUCAGUGUGGCUUUAUAUUAUUUUCUCUUAACAUCUGUUUAGGCUUCAACUGCGAAUUGAGCCAGGAUUUGGCCCUUAAUAUGUGACAAUAUCAGCUGGACUUAAAAUUAUUUUGAUCAUACCAAUGUACUGAGCUAUUUGUGACAUUUUUAUGUACAAUCUUGUUUUCUUAGAACUGUGAAAAAUGGUUUGUGCGUUGUGUUUUAUGGCAUGGUGUUCUUUCAUUGUCCAGUACGGUAUUUUCAAUCUCCAGAUGUUUAAUAACAACAUCUCAGUUGAACUUGAAAUGUUGUAUAUCCCAAAAAGAAGUUUUAAAAUGCAGUUUAGGAAGUACUGUAUGUGGUAAUAUAAAGUAGAGCAGAGGGCCUCCAAGUGUAUGAGAUGCAGAUUCUUAAAACACUACAGGGAUCUUCUUUAAUGCUAUACUAAGAGUAAAAGAAAAAAAUAAAAGAAAAUGCUGUUAUCUUCAAAAUUCCUUAUGCCCAUGCAUUUUAUAGUUGACAACAUCUGUGCUUCCGAGGAAUUAAAAUCUGAAAAUAAGCUUUCUUCAGUCUGUGAGUGAAACAGUUUGAUAAUGUUUUGUUUUCUUGUUUAUUCAUGCUUGUGUAGGUGCAUGGGAGGGUGUGUUAUAAGGUUGUGAGGGAGGAACUUACUGGCAGAAAGUUACACUGAAAGGACGAUUUUGUGCUUAGUUCUUAAUCAAGAUGAGAUCAUGGUCAUUUAAUCUCUUCCUGAAGUUAACCUGCAAGAUCAUCUGUGGAUCCGUCAAGAGUCCAGUGAGCUUAAGUGCUGACUUCUAGCUGGUCAAAGAGGGAAGCAGGCAAAAUUAGCAUCAGCCUAAGCUGUGAGGUGUUGGAAAGUGUUGUGUUGAGAUUUUUAAAUGGCAGUUCUUGCAGGAAAAAGUACAUGAUGAAUGAAGUGACUGAGACUAAGACUUUGUUCCCAUUUCUCAAUGAUGUUUGAGAAAUAUGUCCUGGAAGGAAGCACCUACUUCAACACACAUCUUUCCAUAAGCAGCCUUUCUUCGCGUUACCUAAUUGAGGUGGCCCAGCCUUUCUUACAAAAAGCAAGACUCAGUUUUCAAUUGCCUGUAACUUGAAUUCUCAGCUGAAUUGAACUUUCAGUCUAUUGUAAUCCAGUUUACCCAAGCUGGGACAUCUUUUUCAAAUUCUGAAUCUGCCUGCUUGGAGAAGGCAUUUGAAGCCCAUAGUCCUGUUACAGUCUCCUGACUUCUUUGCAAUGAACCUUCUAAACCUUUUGUUAUAGACCUGCUUUGUAUAGGUAAUCAAAAACGUUAUAAUGCACAGAUUUUACUUUGACUCCUCCAUGCAAGAGGAGGAGCUCUUGUCCCUUUUAUUUUCUCUUUUCUCGUCCAUAACUGAAUGACUUGCAGGACACCAAAGAAGAUGCACAGAGGCGAACGCUACUGAAAAGCUCAUCUGGGAAUCUAAUUCAAAAAAUCUCAUCACUGGUGGCCACAAUAAAGGAAAGGACACAUUCUGCAAUGCCUGUUGUGAAAAAAAAAGGGGUGAAAAAUGAGUCGUCAGUGCUCGUUUGCAAGUGUGGUACUGCUCAGAGCUCUGUUCCCUAAAGAGUAAAGGAAAAUAUAUGUGAUUCUAUACAGCUUGCGUGAGAGAUUCAGUUAAUACCAGACGAGUUUUGCCAUGCAAAAGACUUGUAUGAGUUCAUUGUUAUCUCAAUGAAAACUAAAUUUUCAAUAAAAAUAUAGGCAAUUAGUAAGCU